GGAAAGUCACCUGGGGGGGGUGUUGGCGGAACUCCUGAGUCCUGAACGUUCGGACUCCGACUGUUGAGACGCUGAGGGAGCGCACCACCUUUUCACCUCACCAAAACUUUAUUUAUUUAGCAUUUAAAGGACUUUGGAAUGCGCAAAAAAAUAGCUGAGCAGAAAAUCAUCGAAGAGUGUGACCAUUUGAUCAAAACAAUUAAAAGCUAUAUAGGGGAAGCAUUUGAUACAAAAUGCCUUUUGCCUUGUGCAUCAUCCAAUGUCAUCUGCUCCAUUGUGUAUGGAAGGAGAUUUGACUACAAUGACUCGAGGAAAUGCUUUGGCGCACCAGUGACACCAUACACCUUGCUGGUUCUACAGAAAUCCAGCUUUACAACAUGUUUCCAUGAUUGGGAAGUUUGCUCCAAAAGCGAAGGCUGUUAUUACAAAAUCAUGAGAAACAUGUUGCCAUGAAUAAAGAUUUAAUCCAGAAUUUGAAAGAAACAUUGAGCACUGAUGGAUGCAGGGGUCUGGUGGACUGUUUUCUGACCCGUCAACAGAAAGAUGAGGAAGAUCAUGUCAUGGACUCUCUUUAUCAUGAGAAGAACCUGGUUUUCUUAGUGAGCAACCUGUUUAUUGCUGGUACUGAUACCACAGCAACUACACUGCGAUGGGCUUUGCUGUUUAUGGCCAAAUGUCCACAUAUACAGAACCAGGUCCAUGAGGAGUUGAGCAGUGUUACUGGAAAACGUCAGAUCAACAGAGAGGACAGAAAACUGUUGCCGUACACAAAUGCUGUCAUUCAUGAGACCCAGAGGUUUGCAGACGUUCUACCACUGGCAAUUCCUCAUCAAAUGGCAAGCGAUGUAAUCUUCCAGGGGUAUCUUAUUAAAAAGGGGACGACUGUUUUUCCGUUACUGACUUCUGUCCUCCACGAUGAGAAUGAAUGGGAGAGCCCGCACACUUUCAAUCCCUCCCACUUCCUGGAUGAAGAGGGCAAAUUUAUCAAACGAGAUGCUUUCAUGCCAUUUUCUGCAGGUCGAAGGGUGUGUCUGGGUGAAAGCCUAGCCAGGAUGGAGCUGUUCCUAUUCUUCUCCAGCCUUGUCCAACACUUUGAAUUCUCUCCUCCACCUGGAAUUACAGAGGACGAACUGGAUCUGACUGGUGAUGUGGGCUUUACCAUCGGCCCUUCAACAUAUGAGCUGUGCGCCACCAACCGCACUUGUUGAAUGCCACUUGCAAAGCACAUGGGCUGUGGGCCCUUGGCAUGAAGUGUGGGUAGGAAUCAGUUUUCAUGACCAGAAUCUGGUUGUCAUCGUAAUCUUGCACAUUAUGGAAUUAUAUGGCAUUUUAGGUCAAAAUCAAUGAUUUUUUCUAAUUCUAUGAAAUUGUUAAUGGCAUCGUAGAUACUGCUUAUGAAACAUUCAAACUUUGUCUGCUAUGAGCUAGGAUGUUCAGCUAGAUGGCCAGAAUGCAAGACUUGUGUUGAGAAUAGACAUCAAUGAGUAAAACCAUGUUUUUUUAAGAAAAUAUGGUUUUGUCAAUUUUCAUUCUAAAAUUCUGAAAAUGUAUAGAACACAUCAUUCAACUUUAGAAAUCUGUCCCUGAUGGUAUUUCUAACUUUUUGUAAAGUUAGGUGAAAUUUGACUUGAAAUUUUCUCAAUUUUUUUUUUCUACGGCAUCAAUCAUCACAAUAGGAGGGACAGUCCUUUCAGAAUCCAACAGUGGUGGGCGCAGCUAACCAAAAAAUUAGCUUUGAUAACAGAUAAUCAGCUGACUGAAAAGUUAUCUUUUAUAAAGCUAAACCAAUAAACUACCCAA